CCAGAAACACGUGAAAGUUGUUUUGAAAAUGCAGUCUUUCUGAGUGAUUGAUGAAUUAUUUCAACGUUCAGAAUGUUUCGUAGGGCACUGAAGCGAAGUAAUAUUGACACGAAAGAUGAAAGCUCAGGCAUAAAAACUGUCAAAGCUCAGCAUACGGCAGGUUUGCCUGAAACGUUAGGGGAUGUGAAAGAGAAGAGGGCCGGGGAGGAGGUGUUGGAGAGACUGGUAUUAGGGGGUGAAGCAGACGUAGUGGAGCAGCUCUCAAGGGCAGAAACACAGGAUAAGAGCAAGUCGAGAAAAGCGAAAAAGUCCUCUAUCAACUUGUAUGAUGAAGAAGGUAGGAAGCCAGCGUGGGAAGAUGAUGAGGCUGAUAAUAGAGUGAUAUUUACUGGGAACAAAAAGUACAGCCAGCUUCGACGAGGGGAAGAGAAGGAAGUCAGUGUUGAACAGUACACAGAACGGUUGAAAAGCCAAUUUGACAGAGUUUCCGGCACACCGUCAUGGGCAAAACUGGGGAGGAAAGAAGAGCAGUCAGAUGAGGACAGUGAUGUCGAGCAGUUGACAACAUCAACAGGAAAUUAUAUUGUUAAGUCAGACAGCUUACCAAAAUCUAUUUUAGAAAUUAAAAGAUGUACCGAUGCCAACAGAGAUAGUCCUUGUGGUGGUAAGCUAAUGUCAGUGGAAUUUCACCCAUCCGCCCAGGUUAUCCUGACAGCCGGAACAAACAACACUCUCAGUCUCUUCCAGGUAGAUGGAAAGCAUAACCCUAAGAUCCAAAGUGUGUUCAUAGACAACAACCCUAUCCUGUGUGCUCACUUCAGUGCCAGUGGGGAGGAGGUCAUCAUGGGGUCCAAACACAGCAGUUUUCACUAUUACGACAUGAUAGGUGGGAAAAUAGUGAGAGUGCCAAAGAUUAAAGGUUUAGAAGAAAAUGCCAUGAAGAAGUUUAUAGUUUCACCAGACGGUCGUUAUUUAGUCUUUCUGGGGAAAUAUGGUCAUCUGCAUCUGUUGUCAGCAAAGUCAAAAGAAUGGAUUCAUACCCUCAAGAUGAAUGGUAGUGUUGAGGCUGCGGCGUUUAGUAAAGAUGGACAUACCAUGUUCUCUCAUGGAGAUGAUGGCCAGGUGUACGUGUGGGACAUGAACACACGGGACUGUGUACACAGAUUUGUGGACGAUGGCUGUAUGAAGGGCACAUCUUUGGCCACAUCUCCCAAUGGACAGUACCUAGCCUGUGGGUCAUACAGCGGAGUGGUGAAUGUCUACGAAACGUCGACGUGCAUGGCAUCCCAGAAUCCUCAGCCCCUGAAAGCCCUCAUGAAUCUGACGACUGCAUGUACGGAGGCCGUAUUUAACGCUCAGUCAGAGAUCCUAGCCCUGGCGUCAGACUAUACAGAAAAGGCAGUCAAACUUGUUCAUUUCCCAUCCCUUACAGUGUUUUCAAAUUUCCCGAACAGAAAUGAGGCUGGGCUAAGGAUUCCGAAAUGUCUAGGAUUUUCUGCACACAGUGGUUAUUUCACAAUUGGCACUCAUAAGGGCACUGCUCUCCUGUACAGGUUGAAGCACUAUGGAAACUACUAGAUCUGAUCUGCUUGGUGAACAUCAGACGAUUUUCUCCCUAAAACAACGGGAUUAUCUUACGGAUGUCCUGACAGUCUGUUUCCACAGCAUGUACACCACUAAAGCUGCGAUGAACUUUGUGGGAAAAUUUACCUUGUGAAAUAAACCUUUGUA